GUGUGUGUGUACCAGUCUUGAUUGAGCCACGCCUCUUUUUUUGCGUAUAUACGCGCUGCCCAGCCUUUACGCGCCUACGCGCUUUUCCUCGAUUUUGAGGCGUAGCCACAACUUCGCGAGAAAAGGUCCAGAAGCUCAGAGGAGAGGAUGAGCGUGAGAGAAGUGAAAGUCUGCUUGUUGGGGGACAUCGGUGUGGGAAAGAGCAGUCUGGUCGGGAGAUUUGUCCACAACUCUUUCAACCCCAACCUCACAACAACCCUCGGGGCAUCCUUUAUGUCAAAAUCACUGACAGUGGAUGGGAACACGAUUAAGUAUCAGAUAUGGGACACAGCAGGUCAAGAAAGGUACCGGUCGCUACUGCCGAUGUACUACCGCAACGCGGCAGCUGCAAUUGUAGUGUAUGACAUCACCAGUGAGGCGACGUUUGACGUACUCCAGGAGUGGAUCACAGAGCUGCACAGACUAGGGCCGCAGAACAUCGUCCUUGCCAUUGCUGGCAACAAAUGCGACCUCGAAGAAAAGAGAGAGAUCAGCAGACAGAGAGGAGCUGAAUAUGCCCAAGAGGUGGACGCCAUCUUCAUGGAAACCAGCGCACUCAACGCCACCAACGUCGAAGAGAUAUUUGUUCAGAUUAGUCGGAGGUUGCCGGCCUCGACGGCGUCUCCUUACCUCACUCCCGGAGGCCAGUCGCUGCUCAAGACAGACUCAGGGAGAAGGGGACCGUGUAGAUGUGGGAGCGGCUAG